UGUAUUUGUGAUCCUCAUUUUGUUCUUCCUCCUCUUUGACAAAUUUAAAGCUCUUUCCUUUUUCUUGAUUCAAAAUGAAAUAUCUUCAUAUUUUUUCUCCCAAAUUCAAGAAUUGAAAUGAGAAAAAUAGCUUUAAAUAAAAAUCCAGAAAAACAUUUUGCAUGGGUGGGGUAUCUGAACUUUGACGCGAGCAGCGCAGAGGUAGCGGUUAGCUCUGAGUGAUAUUGCUGUUUUGAUAAAAUUCGGUGGCCGGCAGACAUGACGAAGCACAGUUGGAAGGAAUCGAUGAAGGCAUUUGGGUGUCAUACUGAUCCGGAAAAGGAAGAACAGUUGAAAUGGAUAAAAAUAGGUAAUUCUUCGAUCCCAGAACAACGUCGACCCUUUGAAUAUUAUUGGAGAUUGUGGGAUAACGCAUUAGAAGAAAAACGAAGGCAAUAUAAAGCGAAUCUUCAAGCGCAACACAUUUACCCCCAACGAGGUGGAUUUAUGUGGUAUACCGAAUGGCAAUUGGUUCGCAAAAUCGAGAACAAAGUAAAACGGAUUGCGAAGCUAAUCAAGAAGAUAAACCAAGGUAGUAGAGAAGGGAACAUGAGAAGAAGAUCCGAGUUACUUCAACUCGUCGACGAAUUUCAUGAACAGUAUCAGUCCCUCUAUUCGAUGUACGAUAAUCUCAGAGGAGAAGUAAGGAAAAAACUUCACGGAGAACACGAGGGCGAUUCAUCGUCUCAAUCUUCUUCAUCGUGUUUGAAUUCAGAAUCAUAUUUUAGCCCGGGGGAGGGUACAGCGAAAAGUAGCUCAUCGUGUUCGAACUGUGAGCCUCUUGAGGAAGCUAUUCUGAAAGACAAAAUUGUAACUUCAAAUGUUGAAGUGAAGGAAAGUGUCGAAAAUUUCGAUGUGGAGAAUUUCGAGACACCGAUGUCUUAUAGUCGAGGGUCUGAGUCGGGGGAAUUCUUCAAAGACUUGAGGAUUCAAGGUGAAGAGAAGUUGGUAAACGAAUCGAAAUGGUUUCAAGAGAAAGUAAAAGAAAAAGAAGACGAAAUCAUGUAUCUCACUGAUGAUUUUGAGCUUCUCGAGAAGGAACGAUUGUCGCAGAUGAAGGGGUUAGAGGAUCAAGUUGCUAGUAUGAAGCUUGAAUUAGAUAACGUAUGUGUUCGGAAGAGUGAACUCGAAGAGCAACUCAUGUGGAAGUCGAAUAAACUUAAGCGAAUGGAAGAAAGUAACUCGGAGCUGCAAUCUCGCGUGUUAGCACUAGAAGCAGCAUUCAUAGAGAAAGAUGACGUGUUCUCUCGUAUUCUUCAAGACAUCGACGAAAAUCAACUCAAUUCGACGGCUAAAAUGGAUGAUCUUACGGCAAAAUCACAUGCGUUGCAGCAAGAAGUGGACCGUUUAAACGCUGAAAGGCGUGAAUUAGAACAGAAAUUGUUAAAUGAAACCAAGAAUGGAUCACAUUUUCCAGAACUACAGCACGUAAACGGUCCACUGCAGCAAGAAGUGGACCGAUUACGUGCUGAAAGGAAUGAAUUGGAACAGAAGCUGUCACGUAAACUCAACGAAGGAUCGGACCAAGUUAAGUCUCACGAGUUGGAUCUGUCACUCGAAAAGAAGUCUCACGAAGCAUCUGACCGAGUUAAUUAUCUGCAGCAGGAGUUGGAAGCGUUAAGAAGUCAGAAUUCCGCACUAGAGCUGUCACUAAAAGAAAGAACUCGAGAACUAUCCGAAUGUCAUCUUUGGAUAGAAAACAUGAAAGAGGAACUAACGAGCACGAAGCUUAUCACUCACGAGACGGAGGGCUUAAAAUCGGAGGUGAAAUCACUCGUGAAAGAAAAAAGUGACGUCGAAGAGAAGAUAAUGGAUAUGAAUAAAGAAGCGUAUCAUUCGGAGUUGCAGAAAGAGAAGCUGAACGAUAAGAUCAUGGCAUUGGAAACGAAACUAUUAGGAAAAGAAGCAGAAGUCGGAAUUCUUCAAAAGAAACACGAGGCUUACAUGAACGAUAUGUCCACUCAAGGUUCAACGUUGACAGCGCGAAUCAACAGUAUUCAAAAGCAGAUGCAAACAGCGGAAACUGAAAAAUCGAGAUUGCAGUCUCAGCUCAAGAAGGAAAAACAUGAAUUUUCCCAAAGCCUUAUGCAGAUGGAAAAGAAAAAUACCGAACUGACUAUCAAGAUCGCGGAGCAGGAGAAAACUCUCAGAGGGAUGCAAGAUGUUGUAAACAAGUCAAAGGCGGAACACAAGCAAAUGCAGACCGCGUUAGAGGACUCCAAAGUAAAUUUUCGCAAUGCUGAACGAAAACUAGAUGAAAUGACGGAGGAACUACGCAAGAAGUUUGAAGACAGUUUACGAAUCUUGAGCAGAAGGAUCCGCGUGGCAGAACAACUGCAUAUCGAGAGCAAAGAGUGGUACCAAAAAAACAGAAACUCGUACGAGAAAGAGAACAAAGAUCUAAAAGAGAAAAAUGCAAGACAAGAAAUGGGGUUGAAGGGCAUUAAGGAUAUAUCGUUGACAGUAAGCGAUGUAUUAGGUUCGCUAGACGCUGUGGCGCUAAAGUUCGAGGAAUGCACAGCUCAUUUCUUGAAUCGAAUAUCAAAGAAUUCGUGCGAGCUGCAAUUCGUAAAAGAUUGGGUGAUGAGGAAAAAUAAAGCGGUGGCACACGUGAAAGAUGAUUUUGAUUGCUUACUUGCACAAUGUGAUGAUAAAGAAGCUGAGAUAUUGAAGUAUCGAGAGAAAGUUUGGAAGUCGGAGAAUAAAGUCAGGGAACUCGAGAAGAUGAUCAACGACAAAGAGGAAUCAAUGUUGGUUCUCAAGGAGGAAAAACGAGAGGCGAUCAGGCAAUUAUGCGUGUGGAUUGAUUAUCAUCGUAGUCGGUCUGACUACUAUAAAAGGAUCUUGCUAACUGAAUUUGGCCGGAGGAGCGCUCCCUAAGAAUGUUGUAAGCGAAAAAGGCGCUUCCUACUAGGAGUUUCUUUAGUUUCUUCAGCUAUCAGUAACUUUUCCAGCUAGUCCAUUGUCUUCAGAAUCGUGCAGCGCGGGCUGCAUGGAAAGGUGGAACGACGUGUCUAACCAAGAGUUUCUUCAUUCCGACUAAACUUGACGCUCCAUGUCUUUCUUCCAACGACGAAAAGACAUCGAAUUUGCUUAGAUGAAGCCAAGAAGCUCAUGUAGAAGGUUCACAAUCUUGUCCUGAAAAUUGUACACCAUUUUCCUUUUUCUUCAUGUUCUAAAUAGGUUUUUUCUUAUUAGAGUAAAGCAUCCGGUACCCUCCGAACUACGACCAAAUUUGCUACGACACACUCCAACUUCACGAGGGUCCUAUUACCCCUGAUCUAAAUUUUAGCGUACUUUUGUCAACCUGACAUGUCACCUUUAGCUGACGUGGUACCUCUGACGUGGGCCCCAUUUUAUGUAAUAAAGGUGUUACGUCAGCACAAAAGGGUGACAAAAGCACGCUAAAAUUGAGUUCAGGGGGAUAAUAAGACCCCUGAACCCGCUAAAGUUGGAGUGUGUCGUAACAACUUUGGCCAUAUUUCGGUGGGUACUGGAUGCUUAUCAAUAAAAGUGUAUUAGGCACAAAUUUUGUAAGACACUCAAAUAAUUUUGGUGACAAGCUACAAUAGGCCAAGCCAUAUUAUAUAUUAUGAAUUUGUAUUCGAGAAUGAACCAUAUCUCUUGUUGAAAAAAAGAGAUUAUGUUAUAAAAUUCUACUUGUUUGAACAAUU